AUGCUACUAGAGAAGAUCAGUUACCCAAGUAUACUGAGACCAUUCAGACUCAAUGCUUUGCCCUGUUCCUCAAGUUUAAUGAGCCUCAACAUGUAUAAAAGUGUGACACUAUCAAGAUCAAUGCAUACAAAACGCCCAAGCUUGCUUUUCAGACGAUUUUAUAACAAUCAGAAGACAGAUGAUGAUAAGAAAUAUGAAAAUCAAAGGUAUGAUAAUAACUUGAGGGCUCAAUUUAUAAAUUCUACUUUAAAGAAUAAUCCUAAUAUCUUUAAUUCGGCUCAGUUGGCAGGCAGUGGAUUGUCCUUGAAGACAAUCGUUUUAAUAAUAGUUGGAACUAGCACCAUAACUAUGGGAAUAUAUGUCUUCAUCCAACUUUUGAAUUUAAGAAAAACCUCAAAAGAAGGUGGAACUCUGGCAAGGAGCGUCUUCCUACCACUCUGGUUAAAUUUCAAUUACUUUUACAAAUCUAAAUACACCUUUCCAAAUGGAUUAAGAUAUUUUGACACUGAUUUCUAUGAUUAUAUCAUCCAAGAGAUGAAGCAAUUGAACCCUCACUCUGGGAGGACAGAUUCUGAAAAUUUCAUACAUUUGUUGAAAAACGAAAACAUAAGAUAUAAGGCACUCGAGGAUUUGUCUAUGAACGGACUCGUAAGACAAGUAAUUGGGUUACCCUUGGAGUUGACUAUUGAUGAAAAUAGUAAGUUUGAUAUCUGGAUUGAACUGAAAUAUCCUACAAUAUCUGGUCCGCAGAUCGAUCUUGAGUCCCGUGAACAAGAGAACACGAAAAGCAGUUCUGUGUUUGCACAUUGGUCGAUAAAGCCUAUUAUUACCUCUUCAAUAAUUGAGAAUAUACUCACUCAGCUUGGAUUGAAUUUAGGUACUCUAAAGACAUCCGAUGCUUCAAGAAAGGUUCACGAAAACUCAAGUGGUAGGAUACAUGAAGUUCCAAUCACAAACGCAUCUUCAGCUUCAAUAAUGAACGGUGAAAAGUCCUACAAUAUAAUGUUUUCUGGAACGCUUUCCGUGCGUGAUAAGAAGAAAUUUAAUAAUGGCACAUUAAGCUACGAAGGUAUCAUAGACUUUGAUCAUCUUAUGAUCAACAGAGGUGUCAAGCUACUAAGUGCAGAUCUUAUUAUUGGUCCCACGGAAUCUCCGAAGGAAUGCGUUAAGUAUAAAGUAAUAUAA